AUAAAUGUAAAUUCUAAUGUAAAAGCUAUGUGUGUAACAUGUAAAGAGAAAAAAAAAGAAAACAGAAUUAUUUCAGGAGCAAUAAAUUCCACAUCAAAUUUUAGACUACAUAUGAAAAGAUUGCAUAUGUCAGAAUUGGAAGCAUAUGACGCGUACUUAAAAGACGGAGGACGUAAAAGAGCAGGUACAUCAAAUGAUAAUUCUCAAAUUUCAACAAAACAAAGGAAACUGACUGAAUUUAAAAGUACUGAUCAUAAACAAAAAAAAUUAGACAAAAAUAUUAUGCGUUACAUUAUUCUUGGUAUGAAACCACUGUCUACAGUGGAAGAUGGAAAUUUCAUAAAAAUAUUUAAAGAUUUAGAUUGUGAUCUUACAAUAUACUCUCGAAGAACUCUUAGUCGCCGUAUAGAUGGUGAUUAUAUAAAAAUAAACGAUGCAAUUAAAAAUUUGUUUGUAAUGAAACAGUUGUUGGUCACGACAACUGCUGAUAUUUGGUCCACCAAACAUCGCAGUUUUAUGGGUGUUACAGCACACUGGAUUGAUUCAAUUACAUUAGAACGACAAAACUGUGUACUAGCAUGUAACCGUUUUACCGGAAAACAUUCAUACGAUCGUGUGGCUGAAAUGCUUUAUAACAUUUUGGGUGAAUUUUCUCUACGGCGUGAACAAGUGGUAUCAACAAUUACCGAUAAUGGAAGCAAUUUCGUGAAAGCCUUUAAACAAUUUGGUUGUGAUUUUUCGAGUGAGAAUAAUGAUGUACAAUAUCUGAAAUUUAGACCAAUUGUCCCUGAUAAUAAUGUGAAUGAAGGUGAUCAGAUUACGUUGCUACCUCACCAUUUGAGAUGUGCCAGCCAUACUUUAAGCUUGAUAGCUACUUCUGAUUUCAUGAAAGCUAUUAAAAUUUUACCAGUUAAUAGAUUACAUGUAGCAGCCAUUGAAAAGUGCAAUUUUUUGUGGAACAUGUCAAGACGUCCGAAAUCUGCUGAAGUUAUAAAAAGUAUAUUAGGUUGUUCUUUAAUUUAUCCUUGUCCAACAAGGUGGAAUUCAUUAUUUGAUUCGAUUAGUCAACUUCUUAUUAAUAAAGCAAAACUAAAUACUGUUUUCGAACAUUUAAAUACUAUUAAUACUAAUUAUGUUUUUAAAGAUUUAGAUAUAGAGUAUUUAGAUGAGUUUGUAAUUUUAUUAAAGCCAAUAGCAUGUGCUUUAGAUUAUUUGCAAGGCCAAAUUAAUUGUUACUACGGUGUAUUAUUACCAACAUUAUUUUCACUCAAACACCGGCUUGAAUUGUUAAAAGAAAAACAAUUAAGGCAUUUGUCUUCUAUGAUAUCUCCAUUAAUAUUAUCCUUGUCUAAUAGAUUUGAUUGUUUUUUAAAUUUAACACCUGAAGCUAAUCAUGCUAUUUUAGCUACAUGUUUUCACCCUACAUUUAAAUUACGUUGGCUCCCAGAAAUAACAACUGAUCGAGAGAAAAAAAGAAUUCAACAUUUAUGUAUUAAUGAAAUUGCAAUCUAG